UCACAGCGUACGAAAGAGGGACAUCGAAUUUGAUAAAAUUGAAUGGUGCUAGCUUUGUGCGUGUUCCUUUGUUAUUGAUAAAACAGACUGUUGAUGUCUCAUUGUCCGAUGGUGCUACUGGUGGUGAAGUAAAGACCUACUAUGCAACUCUUUCUGUCAUCAACCAAUCUCCAAAUGAUGUCCAAAUCAAGUAUACCGUAAACGGACAAGAGCAAAGCCAAGACUUUCCAAAAGGAGCCGCAGGACAAUUCGAUGUGACAAUCCAGAGCAAUUCAGCGCCUGGUGCAAUUGAAUUCAAGGCAUUCCAGAAAGGAACCACAACCGUUUUGAAAAUGAAUGGCAAGGAAAGUGUUAUGGUGACACCAACAGAGACAAAAUCUCCAGUAUCUAUCACAAUCGGAGAAGGAGGUGCUACUGGUGGUGAAGUAAAGACCUACUAUGCAACUCUUUCUGUCAUCAACCAAUCUCCAAAUGAUGUGCAAAUCAAGUAUACCGUAAACGGACAAGAACAAAGCCAAGAAUUUCCAAAAGGAGCCGCAGGACAAUUCGAUGUGACAAUCCAGAGCAAUUCAGCGCCUGGUGCAAUUGAAUUCAAGGCAUUCCAGAAAGGAACCACAACCGUUUUGCAAAUGAAUGGCAAGGAAAGUGUUAUGGUGACACCAACAGAGACAAAAUCUCCAGUAUCUAUCACAAUCGGAGAAGGAGGUGCGACUGGUGGUGAAGUAAAGACCUACUAUGCAACUCUUUCUGUCAUCAACCAAUCUCCAAAUGAUGUGCAAAUCAAGUAUACCGUAAACGGACAAGAACAAAGCCAAGAAUUUCCAAAAGGAGCCGCAGGACAAUUCGAUGUGACAAUCCAGAGCAAUUCAGCGCCUGGUGCAAUUGAAUUCAAGGCAUUCCAGAAAGGAACCACAACCGUUUUGCAAAUGAAUGGCAAGGAAAGUGUUAUGGUGACACCAACAGAGACAAAAUCUCCAGUAUCUAUCACAAUCGGAGAAGGAGGUGCGACUGGUGGUGAAGUAAAGACCUACUAUGCAACUCUUUCUGUCAUCAACCAAUCUCCAAAUGAUGUCCAAAUCAAGUAUACCGUAAACGGACAAGAACAAAGCCAAGAAUUUCCAAAAGGAGCCGCAGGACAAUUCGAUGUGACAAUCCAGAGCAAUUCAGCGCCUGGUGCAAUUGAAUUCAAGGCAUUCCAGAAAGGAACCACAACCGUUUUGAAAAUGAAUGGCAAAGAAAGUGUUAUGGUGACACCAACAGAGACAAAAUCUCCAGUAUCUAUCACAAUCGGAGAAGGAGGUGCUACUGGUGGUGAAGUAAAGACCUACUAUGCAACUCUUUCUGUCAUCAACCAAUCUCCAAAUGAUGUCCAAAUCAAGUAUACCGUAAACGGACAAGAGCAAAGCCAAGAAUUUCCAAAAGGAGCCGCAGGACAAUUCGAUGUGAAAAUCCAGAGCAAUUCAGCUCCUGGUGCAAUUGAAUUCAAGGCAUUCCAGAAAGGAACCACAACCGUUUUGAAAAUGAAUGGCAAGGAAAGUGUUAUGGUGACACCAACAGAGACAAAAUCUCCAGUUUCUAUCACAAUCGGAGAAGGAGGUGCUACUGGUGGUGAAGUAAAGACCUACUAUGCAACUCUUUCUGUCAUCAACCAAUCUCCAAAUGAUGUCCAAAUCAAGUAUACCGUAAGCGGACAAGAACAAAGCCAAGAAUUUCCAAAAGGAGCCGCAGGACAAUUCGAUGUGACAAUCAAGAGCAAUUCAGCGCCUGGUGCAAUUGAAUUCAAGGCAUUCCAGAAAGGAACCACAACCGUUUUGAAAAUGAAUGGCAAGGAAAGUGUUAUGGUGACACCAACAGAGACAAAAUCUCCAGUUUCUAUCACAAUCGGAGAAGGAGGUGCUACUGGUGGUGAAGUAAAGACCUACUAUGCAACUCUUUCUGUCAUCAACCAAUCUCCAAAUGAUGUGCAAAUCAAGUAUACCGUAAACGGACAAGAACAAAGCCAAGAAUUUCCAAAAGGAGCCGCAGGACAAUUCGAUGUGACAAUCCAGAGCAAUUCAGCGCCUGGUGCAAUUGAGUUCAAGGCAUUCCAGAAAGGAACCACAACCGUUUUGAAAAUGAAUGGCAAGGAAAGUGUUAUGGUGACACCAACAGAGACAAAAUCUCCAGUUUCUAUCACAAUCGGAGAAGGAGGUGCUACUGGUGGUGAAGUAAAGACCUACUAUGCAACUCUUUCUGUCAUCAACCAAUCUCCAAAUGAUGUGCAAAUCAAGUAUACCGUAAACGGACAAGAACAAAGCCAAGAAUUUCCAAAAGGAGCCGCAGGACAAUUCGAUGUGACAAUCCAGAGCAAUUCAGCGCCUGGUGCAAUUGAGUUCAAGGCAUUCCAGAAAGGAACCACAACCGUUUUGAAAAUGAAUGGCAAGGAAAGUGUUAUGGUGACACCAACAGAGACAAAAUCUCCAGUUUCUAUCACAAUCGGAGAAGGAGGUGCUACUGGUGGUGAAGUAAAGACCUACUAUGCAACUCUUUCUGUCAUCAACCAAUCUCCAAAUGAUGUCCAAAUCAAGUAUACCGUAAACGGACAAGAACAAAGCCAAGAAUUUCCAAAAGGAGCCGCAGGACAAUUCGAUGUGACAAUCCAGAGCAAUUCAGCUCCUGGUGCAAUUGAAUUCAAGGCAUUCCAGAAAGGAACCACAACCGUUUUGAAAAUGAAUGGCAAGGAAACUGUUAUGGUGACACCAACAGAGACAAAAUCUCCAGUAUCUGUCACAAUCGGAGAAGGAGGUGCUACUGGUGGUGAAGUAAAGACCUACUAUGCAACUCUUUCUGUCAUCAACCAAUCUCCAAAUGAUGUCCAAAUCAAGUAUACCGUAAACGGACAAGAACAAAGCCAAGAAUUUCCAAAAGGAGCCGCAGGACAAUUCGAUGUGACAAUCCAGAGCAAUUCAGCUCCUGGUGCAAUUGAAUUCAAGGCAUUCCAGAAAGGAACCACAACCGUUUUGAAAAUGAAUGGCAAGGAAACUGUUAUGGUGACACCAACAGAGACAAAAUCUCCAGUAUCUGUCACAAUCGGAGAAGGAGAUGCGAUGACUGGCCAUGCCCAUAACACAAUUCCUGGGCAGCUGUUUGCCAAUUUGCAUAUUGGAAAUCAUGCUGGAAAGAAAGUGACCUUAGUUUGGAGUGAAGCGGAUAGCCCAAAAUCAAGAGAUAUUGAGGAUGGUGAAAGUGUUGAUAUAAGGAAAACAAUCCCAGCGGGUGAAGGAGGUGUUACAGGCAAACCAUCUUACGAUUUUCAAGUUAGAGAAUACGACACUGGUAACAAUUUGAUGAUCAAUGGUGAUAAAACAUACACUGUAACAACUUCUGACGAUCCACAGAGCAUUCAGUAUGUUGAAAUCACUGCCCAAGAUUCAAACACACAAUUUAGACAAGCUGCAUUGCCAGAGCCAAAUACAUCAACGAAAACAUAUCUCAUCAUCUUGUUUGAUAACCAGCUUGACAGAACAUUGAAAAUUGUUCCAUCCAGAAGCAGCCGUGGCAAAUACUUUGUUGAGCCACGGGGAUACUUGAUGGUCAAUAUCACAAUUGACAGUCAUGAUCCUUUUGAACCAAUUUUAUUUAAAGCAUAUGACCAAGAAAAAUCGACAGAGGUGCUGCUGAAUAACAGCUUAACUAUCAAGUUAAAUCCGUCUGUUGACCAAAGCAUUAUUCACAACAUUACAUUAACUCCUCAAGCCUUGAAAGUUAUCCCUAGCCAUUCGUACGCUCUACUUGAAGUCAAGGAAAACGUAAUCCCUGGAAAUCCAAACCUGAGCGCUCAUGGGGACAUUAAAAGUGUCACUGGCGGAGGACUAGAGCUUGACGGAGCUUCAACGUGGAUUGACGGACACUUCAAAAGCACCGACUGCCUGCUUGACCCAGGUCUUUGCAUCGACGGGUUCUCAAUUGCUGGAAAGUUUAUGUUUGAAGAAUCUGCUAAAGCUUACACUGACGCUCAUUACGUCAUUGAUACUGGUGCCCAUGGUGGGACUUCGCGUGGUAUAUCGGUUUAUCUGAAGAAUGGAAAACUUCAUUUUCAAUUAACAACAAGCGCCAAAACCUGGACGGCGGAAACAGUAAUAUCUGCUGCUGAAUGGGUAUACAUCAUUGCAACCUGGAAGCCAGAUCUUGGGCUCUUUGUUUAUUUCAAUGCACAAUUAAAGGCCACCGACCCAUCUGGGACUGCAAUGACGGGAACACAGCUUAUUGAAGCGAAUCCAAAUUUCAGCAUUGGCCGUAAUGUUCGCGGACCUUCGUUCUACUAUGCCAAGUUCUCAGUUAGCUCCUUCACAGCUUUCAAUAAGUUUGUACCAGAGUCAGACGUCACGAAUGUCUACAUAUUUUUCUGGAGUAGCUAUACUGCCAAAGCCUAUUCAGCUAUUCUGCGUGUGAACAAUGACGCUGGAAGAACCGUCAGGCUAACACCGGACAAAGGACGUGCAGAAGGAUUCAUUGUGCAACCAGAUAAGCCAUUAGAGAUCACUUUAAUUGAUCUGUCAACUGACGGAAAAUCCGUUGCACCGGUCUACUUCAAUGCAACUGACGCCGAGACUGGUUUGCUUUUGCUUGUCAACAACAACAACCAGCCAGUGCCAAUUACACCUUCAGAGAGCCAAUCUGACUAUACCGAUAUAGUUAUAACUGUACCAGCACCUGGUGUUAACCCUGCUUAUAUAUGGCCAUUGAACACAGUAAGAAACGGUCAAAUUCCAACCAAUCCUCCUCUGAAAACCUACGGAAAUAUUCUAGUUUCUGGCAACAGCCUUGUGUUAGAAGAUGAAUCUGCUUACUUGAAUGCUGGAGAUUUCCAAGGCCAGUGUUUCGCAAAUCCCCUUCUCUGUGAAAACGGGUUUACAGUCGGGUUGAAAAUCAAGUUUGAUGACGGAGCAAAGGAGUUCACCAAGCCCCGAUAUGUUAUUGAUACUGGAGGUCACAAUGGCCAAGGGUUCACAAUUUACUUGCAGAGCAACAAACUCUACUUUGAAGUUUCAUACAACAACAAAAUGUGGCGGGUUGAGACAAAUAUCAAUUUCAAUGAUUGGCUAUUUAUUAUGUUGACAUGGAAAUCUGACCUCGGUUUGACCGUAUUCCUGAAUGGUGCUGAAAGAGGCAGUGUAAGAGACCCAAUAGAAAGCCAAGGUCACACUGCAGAGAAGAGCAGUAAUUUAGUUUUAGGACACAGCAAUCUGUUGUCUCAAAGUAAAAGAGCAGCGGAUAGUUCUGCAAAACUGUUCAUGGCCAUCUGCACGCUGUUUGAAACACAUAUAAACAGGAUUGAUGCUACAAAGAUCUUCGUCUACUAUUGGGGACACACAACAACAAUAUCAGCUGAUCGUUACAUUAAUGUGAACUUUGAAAACAAAGCUGGUGUGGAUGUCAUCCUAUUCCCUGAUAAAGGCGAGCAUCGCACCAACGGAUACCCUAUAAAGCCGUCAAUGACUCUGGAAUUGAGACUGGUUGAGCAAGGAUCACAGACGAAUUUCCCUGUUACGUUUCUUGCUAAAAAUUUAAAAACCGGUGAAAAGUUGCUGAUUGAAGGUGAAACAACUUAUGUAGCAACGCCAACAGAAACUUCAGAGCCGGUCCUCGAUGCUUUGAUAACUGCUGUCUUGUCCUGUCCUGAAGAAAAUGGGGUGUUCUCGGAUGCAGCUGAUCGAUAUGGUUUCAUUUCGUGCAACGGAGGAAUCGCCCAGAAAAAGCAAUGCCCAUCCAACACUAUAUGGAAUGACGAAGCCAAAGAGUGCAGCAAGGAAAAACUUGGUGCUAAUGGAAGUGGUGAGAUGAGAUACGCAAAAGUAACUUUCAGCAAUUUGGCUGGAUCGACUGUAGUUAUCACCGCUGAAACGAAUAUCCCAAUGGCAAAUAAAGAGGUAGACUUGUACCCAGGCUCCCAAGCAACACUUGAAAUUCAGUCUUCUAUCAAUGAGCCGGUCACAUUCACUGCAAAAACCAAAGAAACCCAGGCUGUGGUUGAAUUGAAUGGUCAGACAUCUUUUCAAGUGCAGCCAACAACAGAUCCAAAUUACAAUGUAUCUGUGUCAAUGAACAGUGCUGAAGCGAAACACUAUAAUAUCACAACACUGACUGGUGUGGGUGAAACCGCAGGAACGAAUGCCAAAGUAUUUGUCAAAUUAUUUGGAUCACUGGGAGAAUCAGAAGAAAUUGAACUGAAUGGACAGGAUGAGCAAGUAUUCAGGCCUGGAGAAAAAGACGUAUUUCAAGUAGAGACUGGAAGUCUUGGUGAGCUGCAGAAAAUCCAAUUGCGUUCGGAUGACACCGGAGAUAGCCCAGACUGGCUCAUCGACAAGGUAACUGUAAGUGAUCAAGCUGGAGGCCAGUUCAAUUUCCCUGCUAAUGUUUGGCUCUCUAGUGACCCAGGAAAAAACCUGAUCGUCACCCUGGCUAAAGAUCUUGGAGCAGUUGAUUCAUCUGGGGGUACAGCAAAUGCACCAUCAUGGAAGACAGCAAACAUCGAAUUAUCUAACAGCCUGUACAAGACCGUAAAGCUUAACAUCUCAACACAAACGAAGAACUUCAUCAUUUCCCCUGGAGAGGACAGCUUCAAGCUGAAGAUAUCCUCAACUUCCAACGAGGCAAAAAUAACCGCAGAGGAUGCUGAUAAUCCAGGAACGUCCUUUUUGUUGAACGGCCAGAAAGUCUUCACAGUUGGUCUGAGUAUGGUGGGCACAGAUGUGAAAAUCACCAUUAGUGACCAAAAAGAUGCAACAUCUGCAUCGACAGGAUCUUCAUUGGGAGUAUCGACAUUAAACAAACUUCCUCUGACCAGCAACGUGGCUCCGCCUUCUUCUGCAAGCACUACUACGAAUCUAGCUUCAGCUUCCCCAUCAAAUAAUAUUGCAUUGAAUUCUGGGACAACAGCAGCUAGCAACACAACAACAAGAACUACAGGAAAAACAGGACCAACCAUUACUUUUCCUGUAUUAAAUAUGGCGGAUCAAGAUAUCACAGUCAGAGAAAUAAGUGGGACAAAGCAGACAAUCGAUAUCCUCAAUAAGGAGAAAGGUCUGGUUGCCAUGACAUUGUCCAAAGAGAGGCCACCACUUAAGUACGUAGCUGUCAGCAAGAGCGGUAGUGACAAGUUACUCAUCAGUGGACAAAAGGAAUAUGUACUUGAUCUGAAAACUCUUGGAAAUGUUGGCUCGUUCCCUGGUCUCUAUGUUCAUAAAGAGGGACAAGAUUGGAAAACACUUGUGAAUGGACAAGAUUCGAACAAGAAAACCUUCCAUUUUGCUGCUACUGAUAUUUCCGGCGAGGGACUUGUCACAAUAGAAGAAUCGGCUAUAACAAAGCUUAGAUUUGAUUUAAUGAAAGGAAGCAUCUUGCAAGGUGGAAUCUCAGCAUUUGGAAUAAGCGCACCCUUUCAACUAAAAGCAACAGUUAAGAAGACUGGAGAAGAGUUGCUGAUUAAUGGACAGAGGAAUCUUUCUGCAAGCCCAAGCAAAGAUUCAAGUGAUAUCGUUAAUCUUGUCGUACACAAAGCCGAUCAAGAUUGGCAAAGCGAGGUAUCCGGAGGUCAUUUCGGUCUUACGGACAUAAUGACGUCACAAUUCAUCAUCAUGAACAUGUUGCAUAAAGACAUAACUGUGGAGGAGACCUCAUCGGGGCAGUCAGUUGAUGUGCAGCAAAGUGAAAUGAUGCAGAUUGCAAAGUCUUCAAGGGGCAAAAAGGAUGCUUUCAAGUUUGAUGCUUUGAUAAAAGAUAGCAAAAAACAAGUUCUAAUCAACGGGCAGUCUAUCUUUACGCUGGAUAUUAAUGAUCUGUCACUGAUGAACAUCCUUGUUGUUCACAAUGAAGGUCAAAACUGGCAGCAAAUCCAAUCGUCUCUUCUACAAACAGGAAGCGGUGCUCCAGAGUCACUUGGUGAUCUUAUUGCAAACCUUUCAAAUAACACCUCAGCUGAUUAUGCUAGUGCCCAGAGCCAAACAAGCUCCCAGCCACCAAAAUACCAUCUCCAGAUUACAGCUGUAAACAUGCUGCAAAAGGACACUAUUGUCUUGGAGGAAGUGACAGACAAGAAAGAGAAUGUCGACAUUCCAGGCAAUGCAACAGCCACUCUUGGCUUGCUUAUAUCGGGUGGAACACAGCCAUUGCGCUUUAAGGCCUCGGUGAAAUCAAAUAAUGAGCCUCUUUUGGUCAAUGGUCAAAAGGAAUUGCUAGUAGACCCUAAAACUGCAAAAGGGUUGGAGUCAAUAAUUGUCAUUGGUAGACAAGGAGACUCUUGGGAUGCAACACGUGUGGCGACAUUGGAUUUUAUUGGCACAGAAAACCAAGGUCUGGUGCAAGUCAGUGAACCAUCCGAAUACGAUAAUGCCAAUGACGCCAAGGCCCUGCAACUGAAAGUUAUCAACAAAGCUGCCACGAACAUUCGCAUACAAGAAAUUUCAAGUGCUGGCCAGAGACUUGAUGUACCAAAUGAGGCAACUGCAACGCUUGGUUUCUUAAUUAGAGCCAGACAAGAGCCUCUGAAGUUCAAGGCAUUCGUAAACGGAAGUGGGGAAGAGCUGUUGUUAAAUGGACAGAAGAUACUUCCAAUUGACAUAGACGCAACGGGAUUUAGCACGAUCAUUGUUGUACACAAGCCUGGGUUUCAAUUUGAGACUGCAAGAUAUGAAGAAUUCCGAAGAAUGACCCAAUCUAAUGAACAGCAGAAGACGGAGGCAACGUCUACGGCUUUGACUGCUGGUGAAAACAUCCAGAGUGGGCAAAGUACACCCGGGUCUACUGAUUACGGAAAAACCAAUAGCCCGAAUCAACAAAUAAAUUCUGGUAGUAAUAGAGUUUCUGGCCCUGUACCUUCACAAAGUGGUAUGCUGUCUCCGUCAUCGAAUGCAGUGUCCUCUUCUCAAAGUUCAUCCCCAGCAAGUUCAAGAGGUGAUGCUACCUCAAAGCAACAAUUCAUGCCGGAGAAGAUAGAUUUUAUCAUUGCUAAUGGAGCUAAUGGCUUUGUAUACGUGGAAGAAACGUCAGGAACUUUUCAGCGCAUAGAGCUUCCAAGAAAAGAUAUUUUAGCCAAUCUUACAGUGAAGGCAAAAUCAAGGUUCGCUCCACUGAGUUUCAGAGCGACAAUGAAAGACAGCAGUCAGGAGCUAUACAUCAACGGUAAAAGUGAGCUGGAUGUUUCACCUGAAGCAUUGUCGCCAUAUUGGCUUGUCAUCCAUGCUAAAGGUCAAGACUGGCAAACCAUUCGGAAAACGCUAGAAGAAACCAAUGGAUUGAAAGUCGACUUAUCCCAACCAGGAGUAACUAAACUCACAUCUAACUCGAUUCCAUCGCAGCUUAGAAUGAUACCCGUCGCAUUUAAUAACAUUGCUGGAAAGGAGGCUGAAAUUUCAGAAACGACUGGAACUUUAUAUAAAACGGCUGCGAACCCGAAAACUGCUGGCAUGUUUGUUCUCCCAGCAACCCCGAUUGGAAGGUCGAAGCCUGUCAAAUUGCGAGCUAGUGUCAAAGGGUCAGGGGAGAAGCUGCUCGUUAAUGGAGAGGAAGAAUAUCCGAUCGAUGUUAAUGCUGCCUAUGUUGUCGUCAUAAUACAUACAGAGGAACAAAGAUGGGAAUCUGCCCGAAAGAACUUCCAUUACGCAACUCUUGGAAACUACGCUGACAUUGCAGGGAAUGGGCUUGGAAAUUUUGGUGGCUCAGACAUUAAAGUUGGUGGCCAAACUGAAAGCAAAGCGACACAGGAAACUGGCUCUCAUCUAAAUGAUUCUAUGGUUGGAAGUGGUCAGGCUCCAACGAGUGCUAUCAAAACAGCAACGAGCAAAAUACAAAACUCUGCUGGUGUUGACGUCGAUCUGCGUUUAAAUGGAAAGAGUUUCAAGAAUGUGCCUGCUGGUGCCACUGGGACUGUAUCAUUUUCUUUGACCGGAGCGACUGUCCAGUUUGAAGCAGUCGCAGUUAGAGAUGGAACGCAAUUGCUAAUAAACAACAAAGAGGUCUUGAUUAUCAAGGAAAAUGACCAGCCAACUACCAUAGUGAUUUCGAGCCAAAAUAGUUCUCAGCUGACCAAUGAGCAACUAUCUGAAAGUGGAGAUCAAUCAGCAAUGAAAUACGGCAAAGUAAACUUCAUAAACCGAGCUGAUAAAGAAGUAAAGAUUUUUGAAGUAUCUGGUAUCGGAGAACCAACGGUGCUUUCGCCCAAUUUCAUAAGCACAUUUUUCUUGAAGUCACCUAAAGAAUCUGCCACCUUCAGGGCCAUUGAUCCAAACAGCAACGAAGCAUAUCUACUUAACGACCAGCCUUCUUUGGAGAUCAAGCUGGACCAGAAUCCACGUAUCGAGACCGAAGUUCAAGUUACUGCACCAAAAACCCUAGCAAAAUCUGCUGCAAAGAAAGCUGCAACAUGCCUAGCUGUUACUGAGCGUGGACCAUGCUACAGUGCAUUGCAAUAUGAAACACAAGUUGAAGCAGCAGAAGGCAAGAGCGAAACAUGCAAAAAGUAUCUCGAGGAAACACUCAGCAAGUGCGCCCAAAAGAACGUAUCGCAAGGAAUUGAGGGAUGCAAAAAACUCUGCAAUUCGAAAGACAGCGAUGUGUGUGAAAGAAUAUGGAGUCCGAAAUCUUGUUCUUCGUCGAUGGUGCGCUAUAGUUUUAACCCCGAGGCGCAAACAUGCCAAUCAAUAGAUUACAAUGGUUGUCUUGGAAAUGAAAAUAAUUUUGCAACUCCUGAAGAAUGUGCCAAGACUUGCUUGCCAGAUGGUGAAGCAAAGAAGCCUAAAAGAAGUUCAUUCGAAAGAAAAAUGAGGAAAAUAUUGAUACGAAACAGACUAAUAAGGCCUGCAAGACAAUUAGAUUCAAUAGAUAGCAAUUUAGUAUCCAGAAUACUAGCUUAUUGAAAAAGAUAUAUAAUAUGAAGUUCUGUAAUUUGUGGUACUUAUAUGUGAAAUUAAAAAAAGUUCUAGCUUACGUUAAAGAAGAUUUAAGUAAGGAUACGUGAACCUUCUAUUAUUCAAAGUAUCGAAAUUGUAGACUGUAAAAUCGGGCAUAUACUGCCUGAGGCUGUAGAAUUCAUUGCCUGUUAGAUUCAUUCACAAUUGUUUAUCAGGUAAAAUAAACAUAUAAAUGGGGUUUUUGAAAAUAAAGCUCUUUAAAGAUUUCUUAUUACAUUUCAAUGAUAAAAAGGAAUUUUCAAAUACUACAAUGUUCAUAAGCAUUUGUGAGGCAACUCUCCGGUAUUCUUGCGCACGUACACAUUUCAUAGCACCAUCGGUAUUAAAGCUUUUUUUUACAAAACUAAUAAAAUACAAAGACAUGACGAAUCCGUUUAAAUCCAUAGAAUCUCCUUAAUUAUGAUGAUUCUCCUUGAGUAUAUUUUUUCUCGCAUUAUUCAACUGAAAGAUGUUUCAGUCCAGAAAUUAAAAUUAUUAAAGUGUAUUUGUAAUUAUGGUAAAACAAAACGAAUUUAUGAAUUUAUAUGCUAAAGUAGAUAUAACAACUAGUAUGUUUUAUGACAAUAUAUAAUAGAGAGAGUAUUUUUAAUAAAAUAUGUAUUUCACUGCGUAAAAACUCUUGUGAAAAUCUCUUGUCUUGUCGUUU